CGCAGCUCGUAAAGUUUCCGCCUUUUAUUUUUCAUGGAUUCUCUCCCGAAGCAGACACUGGAUCCAAACAACAGGUGCUGUCUGAUUGGUCUACUUGGGGGCUUUCAGUUCAAGAUUUCUCGAGAAUGAGCGACUUAGAGACGCUGACCGAGGCCUUAAAACUUCGCUUCGGUUCUAUACUUCGGCCAAACAUUAAAAUCUCAUCACAGAAGUACGUUCCGGGAAGAUGCUGCAAAAUCCAAACUUGGUUGGUUAAUGGAUUGAAUACAUAUUUGCUUUGGGAUGAAAGAGGAUCUGGCAAUGGCAUCAUCAGCAAAAACAAGGAGUGUUUGGCGUUUUUGGCAAACGUUCUUACAGGAUUGAUGAACCUCUCAGUGGAUACCAUAUUUACGUCUGGAAUCUCAUCCCUUCUCAUAAUGGCCGCCUACGCCAUCGCUUUAUCUGCUACAAGGGGAAUCAUUCAUUUCGCCGGCAUCAGAUUAAAGUUUUGGUAAAUGGUGACAAUCACAAUAUCCUCAAAUCCUUAUGGUCCAACACAUUUUCAGACAGUGAUGGUCGAUGCCAAAUUUGAAACCACUGGUCCCUACGGCAUCUCUCAAAAAUAUUACAUAACGUUAUCGCCAGUUAGGAUGCACGUGAGAAGGAUGCAUGUUGUUCAUUGCUUCUCUCUGUCGGCGACACACAGAAAGACAACACGUCUCAAGCCCUUGAGUUAAAUUUCAAUGGCGGAUUCGAAAUUCUUGGAGAGAUUUACUGUGUGGGUUUCUUUCUUUCUUUUUACAGCGAGAGCAGUAAGACAAUGAUGUGUGAGAUGAUUAAUGGAUUAUACUCUUGACAUGGACAA